UGCGUUGCUUUCCAUAUCUGCCAGAGCGGAGAAGCAUGUGCACAAAAUCAACCACGUACUAGGUUCAACUGAUCGACCUUCGGCAUCGCCUAAACAACGACAUCGUUCAACACCAAACAAUGUUUUACACCGAACGCACAAUCGCCCGCACCGUCACUCUCGACUUUCUCGUCUCCCACCUCGCUCCGCAACACCAUUCCCGCGCCAACGACUACUGGAAAAGCAUCAAGCUCCGAGCCCGGCGCAUCUUCCUCAUCCUGCUCGACCUCGGCGUCCCAUCACAAGUAUUUAGCUUUCUUGACGAGGGCUGGGAUGAUUUGCAACUGCCAGUUUCCAGGGAACGGCUGGCCGAGGUGCCGUUGACGGGAGUGUUUGGAGCACGAGAUGAGCAUCUGGAAAAGAAAUUUUAUGAGAGGCAGUGGCGGUAUUUACUAAGGGACAUCAAGGAAGGAGAUUGUGUGGAGUUUGGCGAGGAAGAAGUGGUUCCUGUCGAGGUGGCUUCAGGAUCCGGCGGUCCAGAUGGUCACGGGAUUGGAAUAAGAAAGGGCAGCAUUCAGCAUGUCCAACAAGUGGUUACGGGCCAUGCUGCUGGAUUUGGCCUCGGCCAAGGAGGAAGUGCCGGUGAAAAGCCGAUGGCUGUGGAGGAUAGGGUUAUGCUUUCUGACCAGCCCCCUGGGAUAGUGUUCACUCGACGACGCAUACCACUUAUCGGCUCGAAAGAACAACAGUCGGGUGGACAAGGAGGAACGGCGGGAUACGCACCGAUGAUGACUAGGGAAGACUUCCUCCGUGAGAUCGUGGCUAUCAAGAGCCUCAACCUACAGAACGAGCACCUGGCCAGUUACUUCGCAUCUUACACACAUCGCGGAAACGGCUACAUGCUUUUCACACCCGCUACGACGGAGCACACCUUCAAGUCGAUCUUGACGAGCGGAAACCUUCCAGCCUUUGUCAAACAUCUCGAAAAGGGACAACAAAGGCGGCUAGUAAUGAACUGGAUCCACUGUCUAGUCGACACCGUCUGCUGGCUGCACAGUAAGGGCUUAGCACAUGGAGCCAUAAAACCGAGCAACAUUUUUCUAGCAGAACACAACAAUCUCCCUGUUUUGGCGGACUUGCACACGAAAACUAGUCCUACUUUCGGGUCUAGACCCGUAACAGAAAAGGGACUCGCGCAGCACUUCGACAAGGAAGCAUACCACUACGCGGCCCCCGAGCUAGCGCGAUAUUACCGACCUACAGCACCUUCCACGAUCGCGAACAUGUCACCAGAGAGUCGGAGAGGCACGGUAACUAGCCUUGCAGCUCGUCCUUCCACCUCUGCUUCCGUUUCACGCCCCGUAUCACCAUCAUGGCCAUUCCACCAUCCCUCUCCGUGCCCGAACUACCAUCUGCCAUCCCCGUCCUCUCCCACGUCCUCGCAAACUCAUCACCUCCAAGCCCUUCAGGCAGCAGACAUCUUUGCCCUCUCCUGCAUCCUACUCGACAUUUUGUCUUUCCUGGUCUUCAAGAAGCAUCAUGGCACUCGCGCCUUUGCCGCCCACUGCGCGGCUAACCCCAAACAUAAAACACCGGGGAGAGGGGGCGCGUUACCGGAUUCGAGUUUCCAUCGAAACUUGGACCAGGUUAAGAGCUGGAUGGCGGAGUUAGUAAGGGAGGCCGAAGAGAAAGUUGCCGCCUCCAAAAGGAAGAAACAUACGUUUGGUGGGAUAGGUAGCCAGUUACAUCUUAGUGGGCUAGGGCUGCACAUGGGGCUGGGACAUGGUCAUGGAGCAAGCGGGAGUAGCAGCAGUGAUGAAGGCAGUGAACACGGAGAAGGCGGGAAGAAGAAUGUCCUGGAAGGUGUAGGCAUGAUGGUCAAAGUGAUCGAAGGGAUGUUGCACCCCGAUCCAACCCAACGAAAGACUGCGCUGGAAGUGCAAGGGGGUACGUACCUGGCUUUGAGAGAGGGGUGUGGGAUUGAGGAACCACAUUGUGUGCAUGAGUACGGUCCGUCGCCUUUGGGCCGGUUGACGACCAAAACUCCGUCUCCGACGAGAACUCCGAAGCAGACGACGCCGACACCGAGUAUGUACGGCGGUAGAGUGAGGAGCAACAGCGCUGUUUCGACGACCUCAGCUUCAGCCUCAGCAUCAGCUUCCAACCCCGUUCUCGGUCCAGGAUCUCGUUCCUUCUCCAUCUCUGGCUCUGCGUCCGCCUCCCGAUGGUCGCAUUCUACAUCCUCUCGUUCCUCUACCUCUUCCUCCUCUUUUGGCUUCCCUCAUGGCUUUUUCGGCAGUAUACAAGGACAUAGCCAUGGCAACAGCCAGGACCAAGGAUAUGGCCAACCAAGACAAAGAAGAACAAGCAGCCGAGCCAGUGGACCCAAACAGUUACUUUCCGUGCCAUCGUCCGUGUCCUCGGCCACGCUAUCGUUGCCUACGAGGCCCAGGACCGCGACUCCCACUGCCAGUUCCGCUUCUACUAUUACUAAGCACCACCAGCAGCAGCAACAGCCGCGCGCAAGUGUUUCCACUUCUAGAGGUAUGCCUGGCCCAAGAAGUGAAAGCACCACCCGUGCUCAGAGCCAGAGCCGGAACCGGAGCCGGCGUGGUUCAAGGUCAAGAGGCGAUCAUCAAGAAGGACAUGGACAUGGACAUGGGCAUGGUAAUUUAGGAGAAGCGGGACAGACGAUUUGGAAGAGGAUUCUUUAUACCGGGAGCGGUAGUGGGAACCAGAGCGGUAAUGGUCAUGCAAGUGGGGGUGACAGUAUUUCUAGCCACCCUCACAUUCCUGAGGCAGCAGCAGCCGUCGUUCAGCAGAGCUCGACCUCGAAAAUAACGGGGAGGUUGAAGAAGAAACCUGCCACGGCCACGGCCAAGGGCACGGAAAAUCCUCGUGGCGUUGGUGGUGGUGUUGGUGCUAGUUCUAAUUAUGGCAGGGGCAGGUCUAGUUCCCAGACGAGCUUGACGAGCUUGACGAGGUCGUGGAGGGGGAGACAUGGAAGUGGCGGGUCGGGGGCGACGCUGUUUGGGGUUUCUGCUGGGACUUGAUACAGGGUAAGGUAAACGAGUCUAAUGAGCAAGGGAAAAGUUGCUAAUGUUAGCAUUUCUGUAGUAACAGAAUAAUAAACGGAAUGACCGAGUAUCUGA